AUGGUACUAAAGGCAUCAGAGAGGCACGCAAACGACACCAUCGAAUCGAGAUUCCGCGAACGUGGGCUGCGAUUAGUUAAAUAUCUGAGGGAGGUGACGCCGUACUUCAGGAAGGCUUCGAUCAUCCAGGAAGUCGGCUGGGAGCUGCAGCGCGGCUUCCUCAGCGCGACACCUCCGCCGCCGAAGUCACCACCGCGGGCGGAUACUCGUUAUCUGCCGCUGCAACUCUGCAGACUCACCAGGGCUCAUCCUUCCUCCGAUCCCGAAGGCCGAAUCCUGGAGCUUCAUUCGCCAGACGGUGUUCACGAAUGUUGGUUGAGAGCUGCGGACAACGCAGAGGCGAACGUGUGGUUCAAUGCGCUGCACUCCGCCCUUGCAGCCUUAACCCAGAAGGCGCUGCGACUGGCUUCAGCGCUUCCGGACCCGCCACACCUUCAGCACAUUGGCUGGCUCGCGAGGAGACACUGUCUUCAGAAUGGACGCGCGAGCAGCGAGAGCAGCGAGGAUGGCGCCGGAAGUAGCGCGAGCACCUCUAGAGGCGCCGGAAGCGGAUUCGGACUAGGGGGUGGAUGCACCGGUGGCUGGCGCAGCGUUUUCGGCGCAGUUUCCGGUAGGGAACUCAGGCUCUAUGAGUGCGCCCCUUGGAGUCCCGAAGCUUGGGCCUCACCCAGCAUCACGUGCCCUUUGAUUGCUACCAGACUGGUGUCCUCCCCAACCAGGCAAAACGAGGCAGGCAGCAGCAGUAGCAGCGCGACGCAGCACGCAGCAACAUUCGCAGUGCGCGUAGGCACGAUCGACGGCGUCGUGACGCAUCAUCUGCGCGCGGAGACGCGCCGGGACCUCGCUACGUGGGCCAGAAUGAUCGUCAACGGCUGCCACGCGGCCGCUCACUCGUUACGCGAAUAUACUGUUCGAUGCACGUGGCAAGGCAAAGCCUGCCAACUGGUCGUGAACCACGAGGACGGUUUCGCGUUGUUCGCUGCUGGGACGAGAGGGGUGGGCGGCAACGGGGUGAGUCCGGGUUCACCGCCGACACCCUUAUGGAGAAGAUCGUUCGACAAGCUGAAAAUGUCCGCGGACGACGGCGCGCGUCUGCUGUGGCUGGAUUUUGGCGGCGAAGAUGGCGAGAUUGAGCUGGACCUCGAGAGCUGUCCAAAGCCGAUCGUGUUCGUCCUGCACAACUUCCUGUCUGCGAAGAUCCACCGGCUUGGGCUGAGCGCAUAGGGGUACGAGGGGGCCCCGUCGGAGGCCCCCGACCUGCCGCCGCACACCACCAGGUCCGUCACCAGCGUCUUCCUCCACUGAACUCCAUAAAUCGGUUGAAACGAGGGAGAGAGGCGACAGAGAGACAGACCGAGGGCGAGCCAGGCACGACAGAAAGAGGAAAACGCAGAGACUUCAGCGGACGAGAGGAGCGAGUAAAGUUCCACCGGGAUGGACUCUAAACUCCGGUGUGAUCCACGGCUCCUGCAGCUUUCCAACCAGUUUCUCCGAAAGUUGAUGUUCGAGUGGGUCGAUCGUGGGACGAUCGUAACGCUAGCGCGAGCGUGAACCGACACACAACAGCAGCAGCAGCAGCAGCAGCAGCAGAGGAGAGAAAAAAAGACUCUUUCCGAAGCUAACGAAAGAACGACAAACAGAGAUCGAAAGAAAGUAUACCCGGGCGAUCAACGUCGACGAUCCAGACUCUAAGGACCGUCGACACGAAGCCAUCCAAACGCGCGCGAUUAUCGAAAGGAAAGUACACACCCUACAGCUGGACCACCUGGUCCGUGCUCGAACGGGGGAAAAACAGUCGUAACUAAUCAACGCGCCUAAGUAACCAAUUAAAACUAUACUACCUAACGCUAAGUAUGAGUAACGGAAGGGACGCGGGGCGAGAGACCGGGCGCCCGACUCCAGGUGACGAUCCUGGACGAGAAACAGGGCGCGCGGCCGACUAGAAAAGAAGCUAAUCAGUUACUGUCCAACCGUGCGUUGCCCGUUGGCUCUUGAAUUCCACUCCGCGAGCCUCGCGGCGCUGGCUUCGUCCCCUUUAAUCCAUCGGGAACUCUCCCCGCUAAUCGUUCGGGAAAGGUGAACAAGUUUAAAGGUGAAAGGGAGAGGACACGGGGAGCUAACUACGAAGUUCAGAGGAUCGCGAAGGGGAUGGGAGUUGUUCUUGGUCCCUGGCGAACGAGCCGCACGAAGUUUCCGAUCGAAGGGACUUCCCGGGCUGACGCGUUCCGAUGUUCGGGGAUGAAAACGUCGUGAAUUAUUUCCGAUACCGCCGCUAUCGAUGCUGCCGCCCGGGCGAAGUGAUUACGCCGCGAGCUUUUCGGGCUCUCCGUUCGCCCGGGCCGAGGAAAAGGAUGCAGCUCCGGGAUCAGCCCGAAUCGGACGGAGAAAGUUCCGAGACCAGCUGGCCGAGUCCUGGAGCCAUCCGGCGGACGAUAAUGAUCGCGCGGAUCCUUCCGUCGGGGCCGUCGUCUACCAGCGGAGUGGUUUCGAGAGGGGCCGCGAGGGGAGCUCGAUCCUCUCGCGCCUCGUCAGCCGGAGCGAACGGGCCGGACGUUAAUAGUUGUUUUAUACGAUUCGUAUUCUUAAACGCGAGUAAGUGUAAGAUGCCAAGAAACGUCGAUGUGUAUACUGGUAGCUUGGACUCCGGGCUCGAUCGCCCUCCCUCCUCGAGUAACUCGCGGCAGAGUGGCUGAUUAUAGUGGCUGAUCUUCCGUUGGUCGCUUCCAUGAUGUCCGGGACACCUAACUCCUUCAGGCCUCUUCAUCCUCGUUCCUUCUCGAAACUGGGAGAGCAGGUUUGUGAGAACAAGUUCCUAUGAUCAUAUCCACGGAAACAAUAUCGCACCGAUGUGCUCAUCGAACAGAUACAUUCGAUACAUAAUUUCAUUGAUUUCCCUGAUGACAGCUCCUACGAUUAUUCUUCCAUUUACACUGUGUCCGCUCGCAGAACCGUGAUUCCUGGAGGAAGACAAGGCUCCGCCCGACUGGCAGGGAAUUCGACGAUCCUGCCAGGUCGGGAAAGCUUGCAUUCCUAAGUCAUCAUCCCACGCGACUUGUAAAUAAAACAUAAUCUUCCUCGAGCUUCACUGUGAAUCAGGAUACUCUUCACAGUGAUAGGCAGCUCGCUCCUUAGACGAAGAUCCCGAAAUUCUCACGUAGACGAGACAGCGUUGCACUCUGGGGCGCGGAGGAUUCAGAACGUCGACUCCGCGAGAGGGCUAUUCGAAAGAAAGUAAAGCAAAAUCUGUCGCUCUCUCGCGGAGAGCGCAGUGGCUCUCUCGCGAGGAAGGAAACGUCUCUCCCUCGAGUCCUCCGGAACCCAGGAAAACCGCCUCGACCGAUCACCUUCAUACGAAACCAUGCCCAUCGCCGGGGGCGAAGUGUCGCGAAGAUUGUAAAGAAACCAGGAAUCCAAUCUCGCCGCGAGUUACCCCCGCAAAAUAGAGAAUCAUCCUCGCGAGCGAGAACUAAAGGAAGAGGGAGGGAUAUCGGGCCGGGCCAAAAGAUUUAUUCGCAUUACGAGGCUACUCGCUGCAGCCCGGAGCCACGAAGAAGUUAUAUCAAAGCGAUGAUUGUCCGUGUAAGAGUGAGGGAAAUUUCCUUUCAUCAUCUGUAUAAAUCCGACGAGAGAAAGGGAGAGAAAGAGAGAGAGAGAGAGAGAAAGAAAGAUAGAGAGAAAGACAGAGAGAAAGAGUGUGAGUGAUAGAGUGAGGACGGAGGGGUGAGGCGGAUGGUGUCCGGAGGGCAGCCCGAUCGCCACCGGAUAGCACUCUUCCCGUCGGAUCCCCUUUAACCGCGAAUUGUUGAGUGUUACCAGAGCGGCCGUACAAUAAUAAGAUUUCGACAUUAAGUAGAACAUAUCAACGAAGCCACGUGUACCAUUGUUCAUUGUGUCCAUCGGUCGCCUCCCGGCGCCGAUUCCUCCCCGCGGCCGCCGAAUAGGAACCGCCGCAGCGGAGGGAGUCCUCGGAUCGGCCUCGUUAUUUCUGUACAUAGACCGCCUGCUCCCGGAGUCGCCGCGAACAACGUCGACUGAAGCUCGAUCGUUUGCCGGUCUCCGCGGCCGAACGACUCUCCUCGUUCCUUGCGCCCCGCGCGAGCCGUUUCGAGGAUCCUCUAGGAUCCCCAACGAGACUCUCCGUCGUCGAACGUUGAUUUGUAUAGGAUUUCUCUCCUUUUUUCCAUUCCUCCUUUCUUCGCGUUUCUCUUGUUUGUUUUUUUUCGGGAGGUUCGGGCAUCGAUCCCCGAGAGGCGGAAGGACGAUUAAAAUCGAGAGCCGGCGAGGUUGCUUCUCGAAGACACGGGAUCGUCGCGUGGAAAUAUUUAACGAAGUGUCCGCCGGACCGAUCCGACGGGAGCACGAGGACGCAUCGGUUGACGCGUCGAUGCGCGGGGAUUCCUUCGCGUGUAUCGUUCUCGAUCGAGGGAAGACGCGGACGGGCGGAAUGAAAGGAGAAUUACUCGCCGAAGCGAGGAAAUAAUGAAUUCGCUCCGGGGGAAAUUGGGAGUUCGCCGACGCGUUAAUCGAAAAAUCCAACGAAUCGCCGCGAGGGGAAGAGGCUGUCCGUUCGGAGCUGAACCGAGGGCGUGGGCGGAGAUGUUUCCCGGGCCAGGGUUUUCGGGGGCAGAGGUCGCAAAGUAGAAAAACCUGUAAAUGAGCGGACACGUCGGGACGAAUUAAUUUAACGCUUCCGCGCGAUUUAAUCGGCAGAGAGCGGCCGCGAAAGGAACGCGGCGCUGGGCCGCGCGUCACGCGCAUUCACGCACACACACGUACACAUACAGGCACACACUGGAUCCUACAUGGAGGGACACACGGAGAGACACGGCCACGUACCGGGGAGCAUUAACAUUUCACACACGCCUAGGGGAACGAAGAGCAACGUCAUUAAGCGCGAGAUAAGUUCGGAACAUCGACGAUUCAGUUGAAAGGAUUUGCGCGUAAGCUGUGUAUUUUUCUAAUGAUUUAGGACGUCCGCGGCUCGGCGGACGCGCCCGUUUUUUGCCCGGGUUUACGGGACACACGCAGUCCUCUUACGUUUCCAUUUUCUCUAGGUUUAAGAGACGUUAACGUGUAUAUCUAUGAGUUACCAAAUA